CCCACCAUCGCUGAACUGCAUUCGGCGGUUCAAGCUUCAGGCUCUAUUUCUGUUCACCUUUGACCGAGUCAAGCACAAAGAAAGUGCGGCGAGGAAGCUCGACGCCCAUAUCAUUGGAGGGCUUUUCUGCAGACGCCGUACUAGGAGCUUUUGCAAGAUCGUUUACGUAAGUUGAUUUCAGUACUCAUUUUCUCGAAGGUCAAUAGCCCCACCCAGAGCGGCAGCGCCUGUACGGACGUACAUACCACCCGAAAGGUACUGGUCGGCAAGUCGCUUCGCACAACUCACCAAUUUGUUGUUGCUUCUUGCGUAGUUCUCUCGCCUCUGGGUGCGCGUAGACGACUUCAUUCUUGUCGUUGCAGGAGCUUAUACUGAUCGUGACCACCUUUUCCAGACCCCACCCCCCUUCUUUCAAGACCCCCACGAUCGCUACCAUGGCGGACCUAGCGAGCCGCAUCUCCAAACCUAGCGACGCGCCUGCCGACGACGGAGCCGCUCCGGCUACUGCCACCGCCGAGGGAAAUGGCGCUGAGAAGCACGUCGAUGAAGGGACCAACAACGGUCUUGUUGAGACGUCGUAUGACGUCGAGGUGAAGUUGAGCGAUCUUCAAGCCGACAAAGACAGUCCCCUUUACUCGGUCUCGUCCUUCGAGGAGCUCGGCCUUCCUAAGCCGAUUAACGACGGCCUCUUGGCCAUGAACUUCAAGAAACCAUCCAAGAUCCAGGAGAGGGCUUUGCCGCUCAUGCUCAGCAAUCCACCCAGCAACAUGAUCGCCCAGUCGCAGUCGGGCACGGGCAAGACGGCCGCCUUUGUCCUCACUGUUCUAACACGCAUCGACCUUACCAAGCCCACGCAGCCUCAAGCGCUGCUUCUCGCUCCUAGCCGAGAGCUUGCGCGCCAGAUCCAGGGCGUAAUCCAGACCAUCGGCAAGUUCUGCGAAAACCUGAUCGUCGAGGCCGCCAUUCCGGGCUCCAUCUCGCGCGAGACCGGUGUUAAGGGCAGCGUUGUGGUGGGAACCCCGGGAACUGUCAUGGACUUGAUCAGGCGUCGCCAGUUCGACGUGUCCCAGUUGAAGAUUCUGGUUAUCGACGAGGCCGACAACAUGCUGGACCAGCAGGGUAUGGGCGACCAAUGCGUCCGCGUCAAGGGGCUGAUUCCACGAACCGUCCAGAUCCUCCUGUUCUCUGCCACGUUCCCGGACAAGGUUAUGAACUUUGCCCGGAAAUACGCGCCAAACGCCAACGAGAUUAAGCUUCGCCACCAGGAGCUUACGGUCAAGGGUAUUUCCCAAAUGUACAUGGACUGCCCGGAUGAGAGCAAGAAGUACGAUAUUCUUUGCAAGCUCUACGGCUUGAUGACGAUCGGCUCUUCGGUCAUCUUCGUCAAGACACGUGAGAGCGCCACGGAGAUCCAGCGGCGCAUGGAGGCGGACGGGCACAAGGUCUCGGCGCUGCACGGUGCGUACGAGGGGCAGAACCGUGACGCCCUCCUCGACGACUUCCGGUCGGGCCGCUCCAAGGUGCUCAUCACCACCAACGUUCUCGCGCGCGGCAUCGACGUGUCCAGCGUGUCCAUGGUGAUCAACUACGACAUUCCGAUGAAGGGCUUCGGUGACAAGGAACAACCCGACAUGGAGACGUAUCUCCACCGUAUCGGCCGGACGGGCCGUUUCGGGCGCGUCGGCGUCAGCAUCAGCUUCGUCUACGACCGUAAGAGUUUCGAGGCGUUGUCACAAAUCGCAAACUACUACGGCAUCGAUCUGGUCCAGCUGAGCCCGGAUGACUGGGACGAGACAGAGAGAAGGGUGCAAGAGGUCAUCAAGUCGAGUCGGGCGCGCCCUGAUUAUGCCCCCAAUCCGCUCGGGAAUUAGGCGGACUUGAAGGAAGAGAAAGGUUAAAUGGGAAUGGGAACGUGCUCCGUGUGGUGGUACUCAAGAUUGCAGAUUGGACGAACCUCCCCAUCCGGGCAGCAGCGGAUCUUGGGGGACAACUCAUGCAAUCGUGUUUGGCGAGAUGGCACGGCCAUAUGCUAUAGCAUGUGACGGGAGAUUGCAUUAGGGGGACAAGUUCCCGAGGGUUGUGGUUCAUAUUGCAGCACAGGAUCAUGAGAUAGAUACCAAAAAUGGUAAGGGGGUUGUGUGCGCCUGCUUGUGCACGAGACGUACGUUAUAGUCAAAAGCGACCAAAGUUGACUAGUCUCUCGAUUGAAUUUUUCUACCUGACAAUUGUUUAUUUGGCCUCGAACUCGG